AUGGAGAAAAUGGGAAAACCAGAGAGUAAACGGGACCAUCUGCUGAUGAAUGUGAAAUGGUACUACCGCCAGUCAGAGGUGCCCGAUUCCGUCUACCAGCACCUGGUGCAGGAUCGCAACAAUGAAAACGACUCUGGCCGGGAGCUGGUCAUCACAGACCCCGUGGUCAGGAGUCGAGAACUCUUCAUCUCUGACUAUGUGGACACUUAUCAUGCUGCUGCUCUCAGGGGGAAAUGCAAUAUUUCGCAUUUCUCCGACAUUUUUGCUGCCAGGGAGUUCAAAGCCCGCAUCGACUCCUUUUUCUAUAUCCUCGGAUAUAACCCAGAGACCAGGCGACUAAACAGCACACAAGGGGAAAUCCGAGUGGGACCCAGUCACCAAGCAAAGCUCCCAGAGCUGCAGCCUUUCCCCUCUCCUGGGGGCCAGGCCGUGACCGAGAACGAGGAGCUGGUCUGGAUGCCGGGGGUCAAUGACUGUGAUCUUCUCAUGUACCUCAGAGCCGCAAGGAGCAUGGCUGCCUUUGCAGGGAUGUGUGACGGAGGCUCAACAGAAGACGGGUGUUUAGCAGCCUCUCGAGAUGACACUACAUUAAACGCACUUAACACUCUUCACGAGAGCAGCUACGAUGCAGGAAAAGCUCUCCAACGCCUGGUGAAGAAGCCCGUACCCAAACUGAUAGAAAAGUGCUGGUCUGAGGAUGAAGUGUACUUAACAGACCUACAUCCCUACACCCCCUCUCGGAGUCUGCGGUCCUCAGACACGGGCCUGCUCUCCAUCCCCCGCUCUCGACCUCGUACUGUGGGUGACAGGGCGUUCAGUCUUGCGGCCCCCACCCUCUGGAAUGCACUUCCUGCCGAGAUCCAGAACGCUGCCUCACUGGAAAUCUUCAAAUCCUCAAUGAAAACACACCUGUUCACAAUGGCCUUCGGACCCUAG